UUAUUUAGUUGAUGAAUUAAAAGAGACAAAAAUACAUUUGUGAAAAAAAAGUGAAGUCUGAGAAUAUAAUCAUAACCCUAAAAAAAAAAAGAAAUACUAUUUUCUUUUCUUUCUUACACAAGCUAUGUUUUAUUCCGUUGCCUAGUGCUGUCCACGUACAUAUAUAUACGUGUACCGAGCUUCCGAUCGAUGACGUAGGCUGCUUGCUGCACGUUCUCAGCCGGCAUGGAAAAGAUUUCUAAACCAGGGUAGUACAGUCGCUAGAGAACCGUAUGCUGCGAUACCAGCUUGAUUUUGUUCUACUGGUGUGGAGAUUCCCCACACUUUUAUUAGCAGUAUGGUGUUUUUAAUAUGGUAUUUUUACCAGAGAUAGUCUAGUCCUCGACCCACAAUGCCCGUGCGUAGGGGGCAUGUUGCCCCUCAAAACACCUUCAUCGAUUCUAUUAUCCGCAAGUUUGACAAUUUAAACAGGAGAUUCAUCGUCGCCAACGCUCAGGUGGAGAACAAACCAAUUAUCUUCUGUAAUGAUGGCUUCACCGAACUUCUGGGCUACACACGCGGAGAAAUCGUGCAGCGCUCGUGCAUGUGUGAGUUCCUGCACGGACCGCACACCAGCCCUAAUGCCGUGGCUAAAAUAGCUGAGGCCUUAGAGGACAGCGAAGAACGACAGGUCGAAAUUGUGUACUACAAAAAGGAUGGUUCCAAGUUUUUAUGCAGCCAGGUGAUGGCCCCUAUCAGAAAUGAAGAGGGAAUUGUUUCUAUGUUUAUUAUAAAUUUUGAGGAUCUCACUGACGCCCCCUAUCGCGACGAACUAGAUGACGUGGUACCUUCGAUUAUUGACCCUCGAAAAC